UCCUUCCAUAGCCACAAACCAUUUCACCAAAGCAGAGCCUCGUGUUAUUAACACUCGCUGCAACGGCAGUCAGAGAAGAGUAGCAUGGCAGGCACGUGCACAUUCAUCUCUCGUCACGUGAUCGAACUAUCAUCGAACAACAGAGCUAGCAGAACUUGGGGUGGAGGUGGGGGUGCUUCAUUUUGUUGGGCUCGCAUCUCUGCGAUGAAUAGCAAUGGAGUGUCUAGUACACGCGAGGUUGCACUUUCACCGGAAGGACCUUCUUGCAUAUUCGUUGGCCCAAUCGAGACUGCAAGCCAAGAAACCCUUGAAGCUCUCUAUUGUCAAGCACGGGAUGCAUAUUACAGUGGUAAACCUUUGAUAGUAGAUGACAUGUUUGAUAGAGUUGAGUUAAAAUUGCGGUGGUAUGGUUCCAAAUCUGUUGUCAAGUACCCUCGCUGCAGUCUUAGACGACAGUCUACUUAUUCUGAUGCUGAGGAAGAUAUAUCACAGGCAUUUGCACUAGCAAGCAUUUGGGUCCUCUUUCUUACAAUUGGCAGUUCAGCGUGCGCUUUUCCCAUAAUCUACGCAAUUGGCCUAGCUUACCAAGAUGCAUUUGGCUCAGGGAUAGCCCAUGGCAGCCAGGCACCUAUAAUUGGGUUUCUUGCUACGGUUAAUGGUAUUCUUUUUAUGGCAGUGGGUUCUUUGAUCGGCUAUCCAAUUGCAUCGGCUUCAGUCAAGGUGCUACAAGGCCUUUGGAGGAAUGACUUGGUGGCACUCAAGGGAGCAUGCCCAAAUUGUGGUGAGGAGGUAUUUGCCUUUGUGAAAUCAGAUCAAUCUAACGACUCCCCACAUAGAGCAGAUUGUCAUGUAUGUGAAAGUUUACUUGAAUUCCGCACCAAGGUUGAGGUAAUUGAUCUUCUGAUGCCAAAAUUAUUCUUGUGUUUCUUGUUCAAGGAGCUAAAUAUGCAAAUCUCGAUUGUGAGACUAACUUAUUUUUUUAGAGUUUCUUGACCUAACAAGGAGAACAGACAAAACAUGGUACUGCAUUUUGCAUAUUCUCCCAGGGGGCUAUUACUCAAAUAUGGUUGCACUGGAUGUGGAGCUCUAGGGUAGAGGAUUGGAACCAUUCUUUCCUUCUUAAUUUUUGCAUCAGGUUCUGAGCUUCCACCAAGACCUGUAGCUUUACACCAAACAACUACCUUCAUUCUUGGGUAGUUAGAAGUGUUUCAGAGACUUGGCAUAUACUAUAGUCCUAAGAUAGCUGUGGUAUUUCUUGAAGUUUUAUAUUCUUGUUUAAUCGCGGCAAGGUUUUGCAGUAUUGAACCUGUAUAAACUAGCUACCACUCUAUUUCUGCGCUUACUAAAAUUGCUAUACAAAGCAAUUAUCUGACUCACAUGGUUGUUAUGCUUCUGCAGCAAACCACUUCAAGAGUAGGUAGACAGUGGGUGUAUGGGCGUAUAUACCUGGUAUCGCGAAGACAUCAGAGAUGGAAGUAAGAUCUCAGCCUAGCUAAUAGAUGUCUUCUGGAGCGACUUUGCACUAAAUCAUGAUUCUUUCUUCUCCUUUUGUUUAUAUAUAUUCUCUCGUUUUUGUGGCUAAAUUGAAACAAUUCUGAGAUAACCUGUUACAAGUCGAUGGACUGCACCCCGUUUGCUAUUGUAGAAAUGACUGAAGGUCGUAAGCUUAUUGAACAGAGCUUCAAAGGAAAAGCAAAGGAGCCUUGAAUGAACCCCAAGGAUUUUUGAGUUUUACGUCAUGCCAAGAUCAUAAUAAAACCCGCUUUCUAUCUUAA